GGGUCUGUGUGCAAAGUGCCUUUUUGAUCAGGAUGUGGAUUGUUUUGCCUCUUUGCAGCUGGUGUACAUGCAGUGUUUAUCUAGCUUUUAUUUAUUUGAACAAUAGCGGGGAAACCUAGUCGACUGUUCUCAAUAAUGACGCGUUAACUAACAUAAGCGUGCGUGACUGCACAAAUCAAGUAAAACCGGAUUCUUACUGACGGAUCUACUGAUGUCAGAACUCUAAAACUUCAUUAAGCCUCCAUAGUCUGAGCUGUUCUGUUAUUUAGAGAUUCACCACACAAACAGCAGGAGAUAGUAGCUAAGUGGGUCAUUUUAAUUUUGAGGAAGAUGUCAUCUUUCGUUCUUAGGAACACUUUUAAAUUUAAACACAAAAAUAACAAUGAAUUAGGAGAAGUUCACAUCUCAGAGGCUGUCUCAUAACGCACGUCAUUUACACAUUGACAAGAACAUAUUCAGAUAGAUCAGGAAGUGUUUUGACACUCUGGCGCUGACUGAGCAGACUGCUGCUUCUGCUGGCGGUCUGCCCUAAUCUGUAACGGUGCCUCAUCAGAGCUAUGGCACUCGUCUAGCCGAGCACUGAGGACCUUCAUCUCCUCCAGGACAAACAUAUGGAAACAGUCACAUUCGGGCAGGAUGGGCUCCAGACUGAAACAAAACCCAGAGCGAACCUUCAACUGGUUCUUUGAAGCAACAUGCCCUGUAGCCAGAGACAAAGAUCCUGGAGUAAAGUUUCAGUUUCCAGAAGACUUCAGGGACGAGGAAUCCAGUCAAACUUUGCCCAGGUUCUGCUUCCCAUAUGACAUCCAAAGGCAGAGGGAUGGGGUGGCCGUGCAGCACUUUACUUUUGUUUUGACUGACCUUGAGGGAUGCCAGCGCUUUGGUUUCUGUCGCCUCACCAACAGCACACAGACGUGCCUUUGCAUUCUCAGUUAUCUCCCGUGGUUUGAGGUGUUCUACAAACUUCUCAACAAUUUGGCCGAUUACCUCGCUAAAGGACAGAUCAAUGAGAUCAAAGCGCUCCUGGCGACGCUCUACAAGCAGUCCAUACCGCUGACUCCCGGAUCCGUCACCCUGCAGAUGGGAGAGCAGCUUUUGGUGAGCACUGAGGUGUCCCGUACUGUUGGACACACAAAGGGACCAGAGGGGAUUCCAUACUUUAUUGCUCCAGAUCCAAAAAGUCUUCCUUCUAUUCCUGAAAAUAGAAACCUGACUGAGCUGAUAGUAGCCGUAGAUGUCGGGAAUCUCCUCCAGCUCUAUGCCAGCAUGCUGUUCGAGAGGCGGAUCCUCAUCUUCGCCAGCAAACUCAGCACACUAACAUCUUGCGUACAUGCUCUCAGUGCUGUUUUAUACCCGAUGUACUGGCAGCACAUCUUCAUACCUGUCCUGCCACCACAUCUACUCGACUACUGCUGUGCGCCCAUGCCUUAUCUGAUUGGAGUCCACACCAGUCUUUCAGAGAGAGUGAGGAGUCGUGGGUUGGAGGAAGUGGUAAUUCUGAACGUUGAUACAAACACUCUGGAAACCCCCUUUGAUGACCUUAAGAAGAUACCUGCAGAUGUGAUGUCCGGCCUGAAGGUCUGUUUAAAGCGGCAGGCAGUGUCUCCUGGCUGUGGUGUUUCUCGAGCUUUCCUGAAGGCUCAAGCUCUGCUGUUUGGAGGCUACAAGGACGCCCUGCAGGGCGACAAGGAAGGUGACAUUUAUUUCUGUGAAGAGGUUUUUUUGGAUCACAAGUCUACCAGUAUGAAGCAGUUCCUGCAAAGCGCCAUUCAUUUGCAAUUCUUCAAACAGUUCAUUGAUGACCGCUUGGAUGCUCUUAACAAAGGGAAAGGACCAGAUGACCUUUUUGAGGAAGAGAUAACAAAGUGUGAAACAACAGCAGGAAGAGGCAAAUCUUAUCAGCAGUUAGUUGGCAAUUUAAAGAAAGGGGGCGGCGCUCUAAUCCUGAACAUGAAGACCAAAGCAAAUAUGAAGACUAAAGGUCUUACCAAAUCUGGUUUGAAAAACCUGCUGAUUCACAAGGUCCACCAUCAGGAUCUCAACCUCCAGAGGGCCGGAUCGAUGUCACACCGCCGCGUCCAGUCUGACAGCUUACAGAGCCGCCUGCCGAUCACACAACACUUUGGAAAAUCACGACCUCGCCGACCUGCGCAGAAAUUCAGAGACAGGGAAAUCACAAAGGACACCGAAGAUCUCUGGGACAGCGAGGAGAGCUCGAGGCCCGCUGGACAGCCUGACUCCGAGAUUCUGAAGGAAGAAGAAGAAGACGAAGUUGAUUCACCGUUAUGUGACUCAGAGGAGAUGGAUCUCCUAGGGGAGAUCUUUGACACUCUUAGCUCGCGCAGCUCCCACGACCGAGGCCUGUUGUAUGGCACUCGCAGCCUGGAUUUGUUUGGACCAGACAGCCAUGACUAUAUCAUUAAGCGUGGUCCAGGCAACCCCAGCCAGGAGAGCCUGUCUCUGUCCAUCAGCGGCAGCGGCAGCCUGCACAGCUGGAAUCUGGAGACCACAGAGGAGCUUUCAGAUCGGACGGAGGACUCGGACUGGCACGGCCUGGACACCAGCUUGCCGGAGGAGGAGGGAGCAGAAUGUCUCCUGGUGGCAAGUGAGGUCACCGAGCACGAAGCGAAACAAAGGGAGGUCAGAGAAAAACAGAGAGAAACUGAUGGAGAAAUAAAUGAGAGGCAGGAAAUAACCAACAGCGAUAACUUUAAGGAAGUGAAGAUCGAAGAGGAGCAAAGUAAAGAAGAUCACGAAAACAUAGCAAGCUUUGGGGAAAGCUCGCAAGAAAUGACUGAAGGAAAAGACGACGAAAGAAUAAAGGAUGAAAGGAAAGAUGAGGGAAUUCAGAGCGAGGAGGUAGCUGUGUUACAAGAGGAAGAAGGGAAAACGAAUAACACGCAAGAAAAUGAGGCGAAAGAAGAAAUUAAAGAAACUCAGAAGGAUACAAAUAAUGAUUCUACAGACACAUUGAACUUAAAGUGUGUAAACAGAGAAGAUCCGCUGUUGAGUUCGGUGGAAAAGCCACUGAGUGACGCUACAGUCCCACCAGAGCCCGAUGAUGUUACUGCUGAGUCUAAACUGCCUCCAUCUGAGGAGAAAGAGAGUGAUAAAACCCCAAAGAAGGAGGAGCAAGGGGCCCGCGUGACCUCACCUCCUCCCAAAGUGCUUUCCGCUGUAGCACGCUUCCAGUGUCAGCCAUACAGCCAGCAGGGAUUUCAGUUCAAGUCCAUUUCUAAGAACUCUGCCGAGCCUGCAUUGCGAUGCAGGGAAAAGGUACAGACUCCGUGUGACUUAGACACAAACAAAAACGCAGAGGCGUCCGAGGAAGAAGACCGCCCUCCGGUCAAAGUGUCUGAACUGAAGAAGAGAUUUGAAGCUUGAUGUAACAGCUCAGUUUUCACUGGUUUAGAUGGAAACCCAAACAUCCUUCUUCCCAUCAGCACUUUCCAGCUCAAUGGGAUUCCAAGAUGCUCCAAGGACAGAAGGGAUAUAUACGUCCGCCAGUACGUUCUGGCGGAUGUAUAUACGUCCAUUCUUCCAGAUGGACAUGACAGGGAAACGUCUGAACACCUGUGUCCAAGAGGCAUCAAUAACACCAGGUUUCAUGCAAACAAAGUAUCUCUUUGCUAAGCUAAGAAGCAGGUCCAUUAGCUUUAUUGAAGAUGAAGGAAAUAGGAAAUAUUUUUGGUUUUAGAAAGGGCUCAGGAUCAAACUAACGCAGCAUCAUUAACUCAAAAAGAAAAAAAAUAUAUAUUUAUGGCAUUCAUUGAACCGUUAAACUCUCAGGUUGGAAGUUGCUGGUUCCAGUGGUUGCUAGGAUAUCCGUCCCCAUUGCUUCUGUUUUCCAUUUCUUUUUUAAAUUGCUUGAACUGUUUGACAUUUAGGGGAAAGAAAAUCCAUCACCUCAUCCUUUCCAAGCAACAUACAUUGACACUUAAGUGACGUUUUAAAGUAAUAUACCAGACGAGCUAAUCUUCAUCCUGUUCCUCAGCACUCAUUGUCCCUGUUCCCACAUCCAUCCAAAUCUGCUUAAUCUGGGAUUGGAUUGCCAGGGGCAGCAGCCUAAACAGAGAAGUGCAAGGUGCUCCAUGGUCAUCUGAGAAUCAUUUAGUCCUAGGUGUUCCUCUGGGUCUCCUCCUGGUGCCCAGAACAUCUCACCGGGGACAUGAGGAGGUAAUGCUGUAAUUUGAAUCAGGUUUGCCAAAUAAGACACGUCUGGGACAUGGAGGACAGUGUGGAUCAGGAUUGAGAACCACUGGGCUGAAAGGAUCGCUUGGAUUUUCUGAGUCAAGUUCUGUGAACUUUUUAGCAAACAUUUCCUUACCUGUAAAAAGACACGAUAGAUUAACAGUAGAACCAAUCAGCCAUGUCCUUCCUCUAAGUGGGUUAGAGGAAGGAUGUGGCCUCACCAUUUAGCCUCAGUCUGCAUGGCUCUAUAGCAGAAGUAAGAAGUCUUUUGUGCAAAUGUUGACUGUUAAUAUUCACCAAUGCUGCAUUGGUGCAUACACAAGUCCAUCUGAUCGUUUUAUUACAGGUAAGGAAACCAUUAGUGAUAAUGGCACAAGAACCGCAAGUCAAAAUAAUAAAAAAAAUGAGCCUAUCCCUUUAAAAGCACUGUUUUCUAUUUUUUUAACUUAAAUGUGAAACUGCCAUUUAUUAUAAACACAAAGUGUAUUUAGAUUUGUUGAACAUUAGUUUCUUUCAUGCACAAACUGACAUUUUGAAAAAUGACCUUUGCAGUUUUGUGGACUGUUCUCACAGAAUUUCAAUAAAUAGCUUUAAUAAACAAAA